GCCGGAGCUUGGACACCCAGAAUGCGGGCACGGCUUACUAGGAGGGCGCUGCUCAGUCUGGUCCUCAGACUCCUGUUCCUGAACCCAGUGGCCACGGGCAGCUGCUCGGGCGAUGACCAAGAGCUCCUCAAACAGCUCCAGCAUCAGGCGGACUUCUUGCAGGACACCAGCACGCUCCUGGACCCCUAUAUCCGCAGCCAAGGCUUGGACGUGUCUGGACUGAAGGAGCGCUGCCAAGAGCGCCCUGGAGUCUUUCCCAGUGAGGAUGCCCUGCAGGCGCUCAGCAGAAGGGGCUUCCUGCAGACCCUCAACGCCAAGCUGAGCCAUGUCCUACAGAGACUGACAGCUUUCCAGGAGGACCUCCCCGAAGUCCAGGCCUUGGUGAAAGUGAAGAUGUAUAUCUUUGGGGUCAAGAAUAACAUCCACUGCCUGGCCCAGCUGCUUCCAGACUCCGCGAAGACAGCUGAACCCACUCAAGCUGGUCCGGGAGCCUCACGGCCGCCCACUACCACCCCAGACACUUUUCAGCGCAAGAUAGAGGGCUGUGAGUUCCUGCGUGGCUACCACCGCUUCAUGCACUCAGUGGGGCAGGUCUUCUACAAGUGGAGAAAGGGCCCCAGCAGGAGCCCGAGACACAGCUCCCACCAGGCCCUACAAAGGGGGGCUCACGGGAUGCAACCCUUCACAAGGGGCAAGGGACUCCUGCCUAGGGGACAGUUGCCCCGGUAGCCUUAGGGCCGCCCCAGCAGGUGCUCCUCAAGAUGGUGCCUCCUCGGGGCCUCCAAACCUGCUCCCCGUUUUCUUCCACCUCUCAGAAGUGCACUUUAACGGGUGAGAGCCAAGCAGGCUCCUCUACCUCCUCUCAGGUUGGGGCAUAGGAUCAGGCCAUUGCUCCCCCCAGGCCUGAGUUCCCCAGUCCCAGUGGGGUGGCUGGGUCAGGCCACAUGGAGCCAACUUUCCAUUGAUUCAGGGGUCUGAUGACACAGGCUGACUCAUGGCCAGACUGACAGCCCCCCCGCUCUGCUCCCCGGAGGCCUGCCGUCCCUUCCUUCCCAUGACUUGCAGAGCUGUUGCCCCCAGACUUCCUCCUUUCCGUGGUGGCCUGGUUCCGAGGGGGAGGUCAGUGCCUGAGCUGGCCUCCUAUGUCUCAUUGCCAGUCUCAGGCCAGACACCUGGACGUCUGAAUGACCUCACUUUAAGCAGCUAUGACAGGGGCAAUGUCCUGGAAGAAGCACUGAUCUGGGGGUUCCAAGGGACGGGGGCUCAGGUCUCAGCUUGGCCCCUAAUUUGCUGUGGCCUCCGGCAGGUCACUUUAUUUCUCUGGACUUCAGUUUUCUCUUUGUGAAUCAAGGGAGUUGGGGACUGUGUAAAGCCCUCUUUGCCUGUCAGCGGCUGGGACUCUGUGACAUAGGAUGGAUUUCAAAGUCUUUCCAUAAAUUGAGACACGGCGUCCAAAUGGACACAGGUGCAGACAGUUAUUUGCAGAUCUCUCAGCGCCUGGAAGCGGUUCUAGCUGCUGAUUGCUCCCCCUGGUGGUGCAUCAUGGAAUUUUCUCAUGCUGAAACCAUUGCCCUCUUGGAGGGUUCCCGGAAGCCGCUGGGCCAAUACCUU